UAAUGGCGGCUGUUGCUUCGUCAACUCCUAGCCGUUUUACGAAAAGGGAAGGUGUAGUUAGCUUAAUGGCUCCCCGUCUCGCUGACGUCUAUUGACGCGGUAACUUGCGUGCCAGUGACAGAGUUACACAUAUUUGCUCAAUGAGACUAAAGCUCAUCCUUCCUGUGAACUAGAGUAACACAACUUGCCCCGUUCUUAGUUCUAAAAGUGUUAUUUUUCACGGUUUGAAUUGGUUAACAUCCGUUUAACUGAACGUUAGCUCCCGUCAACUAGCAACGGGGAUGUUAGCGAGGUCGAACAUUGUAGCGCGAGGGACAGAAAGGACAACUUUACAUGUCGGCUGGAGAGAUCGGUUGCGAUGAAGUCAGCCCGCUUAUAAACUUACUAUGGAAGAAGUACAGCAGGGCAGCAAUGGCACCGAGUUACAGACCGCCACCAUUACAUCUGCUCAGUUCUCACAGAUAGCCCAACAGAUGUCACUGGGUGGUGGUUCUGUGGCCGUUGUACAGCUGCCAGGGGGUCAGUUUCAGGUUCAAGGGGUGAUCCAGUCUGCACAGUCAUCAGUCAUUCAGUCCCCUCAGAUGCAAACUGUACAGGCCCUGGGUUCAGAUAGUGACGAUUCACAGGACUCAUCUGACAGUGAAUCUGUAGCCCAUAAUACCAGAGAAAUACUGGCGAGACGGCCUUCAUACAGAAAAAUCCUAAAUGAACUGUCAUCUGAGGAAGUAACACACAUUGAGGGAAAGGACAGCCCAGUAUCCACAGCACCCGCCACCCAAAUCUACCAGACCAACACCGGCCAGUACAUUACAAUAGCCGCUAAUGGCACAAUCCAGCUUGCUACGUCGGGGACUGAAGGCAUUCAGGGGCUACAGGCUAUCACCAUGGCCAACUCUGGUGGAGCCCAGCAAAACACGACCAUUCUUCAGUAUGCCCAGACACCUGACGGCCAGCAGAUACUGGUCCCUAGUAACCAGGUUGUUGUACAAGGUGCAGGAGGAGAGAUGCAAACAUACCAGAUCCGCACCGCGCAGACAGCCAGCUCCCUGCCUCAGACUGUAGUUAUGACGUCUCCUAUGGGACAUUCUCAGGGCAAGAGUGAUGACCCAACAAUGAAAAGGGAAAUCCGGCUUGCAAAAAACAGAGAGGCAGCGCGUGAAUGUCGACGGAAGAAAAAGGAGUAUGUUAAAUGCCUUGAAAACCGCGUAGCUGUUCUUGAAAACCAAAACAAGACCCUAAUUGAAGAACUCAAAACAUUAAAGGACCUUUAUUGUGUUAAAACAGGAUAACCUAUUUGAAUAGAGGCUGCGGAUUGGGACAUCAUUUGGGAGCGACACGGCUCAGCCAUUUGGACAUGAACAGGGUUUCUGGGAACACUUAAUUUCAGGCUCCUGAAGUUUUUUUACUCUGUUUGAUAUAAAAGUGACAAUUGAUGGCAGUAAGAUAUACUCAACAAAUACAUUUUCCACCUGCUGUUUUUUUUUAUUUGCUAACACUAUAACAUUUAUAGUUGUGUACAUUUUAAUACUGGGAGGUUUGAAAUGGUGAGCUUUAACUUUGAGUCUCAGUUUGUAAAUGUAUCCCGUGUUUUUUAAUAAUGUUUAAAAAUGUUGCUGUAUUUUUUUUAUCCUCCAACAGCAUCAGCAGAAUGUUGACUGUAUAAUUCACACACAAACAUAAUUCCUGUUUAUAUUGACCAGCAAUUCCCCUCUGUUCUCUAUAAGGAGAAGAUGUUACAAUUGUCAUUCCUUCUUUUUGUGCAAUGGAAUAUAAAGGGUAACAAAUGAUUACAUUCAGUGUGGUUUGUUUGGUUGUUUUUUGGCAGUUACUUAGA